GCUCUCUGUGAAUAUGUUUUUAAAACGUAUUUACAACAAUUACCCACACUGAUUACAACAGUUUUUAAAAAGUGGUGCUUGGUGUAAUUACUGUCGUAUUUCAAGACUUUUUCUUUUACUUAAGUUGCAUAAUAUUUCAUUUGUUAAGUAUAUUAAAGUUUAAAAAGAUGUUUUUCCUUGGGAAAUCAUUAAACACUGUCUAGUUGAGGAAGUGGUGUUUUGUAUUGUCAGUUGAUAGUAUUAAUGUGCUUAUUUAGCUCAUUAAGAAGUAGUAAAUAAUUUGUUUUGAAUUUAAGGUAUCUACAAUUUCUGAAUAUCAGUUACAUGCUGGUAAGCUAACUUGUUUCUAUUUAACUUCUUUUUGCUUCCUUUUCAUGGUUACAGACCUCCUCAUAGGGUUUUUUUUUUCUCCUUGAAUCAUGAGAGAUGAAAUUGCAACAACAGUGUUCUUCCUCACAAGAUUGGUGAAAAAGCAUGAUAAAUUGAGUAAACAACAAAUAGAAACCUUUGCAGAAAAGCUGAUGGCCAUCCUGUUUGAAACCUACAGAAGUCACUGGCACUCUGAGUGUCCUUCCAAAGGGCAAGCCUUCAGGUGUAUCAGGAUAAACAAUAAUCAGAAUAAAGAUCCCAUUCUGCAAAGGGCUUGUGCUGAGAGUAAUGUGGAUUUUGCUCACCUGGGACUUCCAAAGGAGAUGACAAUAUGGGUAGAUCCCUUUGAAGUUUGCUGUAGGUAUGGCGAGAAAAAUCAUCCAUUUACAGUGGCUUCUUUCAAAGGCAGAUGGGAGGAGUGGGAGCUCUCUCUGUGGAUCCGGGACGCCGUCAGCAGGGCCGCCCUAGACCACGCCUCCAGCGGCGCUUCCUCGGAUGAAGAGAGUCACCACCGAGAACCUCAGAGAAUCCCUAAAGUCUGCAAUCCGAAGAGUAUUUAUAAGGUUGAAAACUUGAAACAGCCCUUUCAAUCUUGGUUCCAAAUCCCCAGCAAAAAGAAUCUGGCUGAUGGCCGUCUGAGCUUCCUAGGAAAUGCUUGUCAUGCCCUGCGUAAGAACCCUAGGGGUCAUAGGCCUGCAGCUCUUUGCCGGGUGGACAGGUACCACUGGGUCAACACGAACCGGUGAAGCCGUGCCUUGGCACUCAGGGCCUCAGAGCUCAAAGGAGCCAUUUUAUUUUCUCUACACUGAAACUAGUCUCGGUG